AUGUUCAGACAAGUCAAGAGAAGAACCGCGGGUCGGAGAAACUUUGAAGAUGAUAAAUUCUCAUCAUCAGUUUCUCCUUCAUCCCGUCUUUACAAAUCUCGACUUUCAUUCUAUGAUAUCCCACCAAUGUCCGAAAUCACGCUCGAACAAUUUGAGAUGUGGGCUAUAGACAGAUUGAAGAUCUUGAUUGAAAUAGAAUCCUGUCAGGCCAGAUCCAAGUCCUUGAAGGAGAUCGAAACUUCUAUAAAACCCUUGCUAUUGAAGUAUUUGCCCUUGAGUCCUUCUGGAGAGAAUAUUGAACAAGAAAGAAUCAAAGAUCAUUAUAGUCAUUAUAUUCUUAGAUUGGUAUUUUGCCGUAGUGAAGACUUGCGUAAAAAGUUUAUCAAGAACGAGACUACUUUGUUCAAGGUGAGAUACAACUUGUUGCAACCAAAGGAACAACAAGAGUUCAUUGAAUUGUAUAAUGACAGGUUAAGUUGGAAUUACAUCAGUGCCAAUGAAAAGCAAGAAGUUUUCGAUCAGUUGUACGCGGCAUGUGGACUAACUAUCAAGAACCAUUUGUUAGUAGAAGGAGAAAACUUGAACAACGAACAAUUGAGACAACAUUUACUCGUUAAGGAAAAUUUCAUUAAAUUACCGUUUGAGAAAUGCGCAAAUUUAGUCGGUAGUCGUUCGAUUUUUUUGCGCAACGGAUACGGCUAUUUACCUUCGAGUUUGCAAUUAAACUUGUUGGCUAUUGAGUUUCAAGAAAAUUUAAAUCAAAUUCUUUUACAAACUUUUCAUACCAUACCAAGAUUAGAAGAAGAUGAUCGAAUUUUACCAUUGUUGAAUAACAUGUCAAGAAACUUUGCCAAUAUUCAAUACGACUCGGGAUACAACCAAGAUCCUGCCUUGGCUUCAGAUAUCAAUGCCCAAUCCGUGACAACUGACACUAUCACCCAACACUAUCCACUUUGUGCCAAGCACUUGCAGAAUACUUUGGUUGCAAAUUCACAUUUGAAAUACAAUGCUAGACAACAGUUGGGUUUGUUCUUGAAAGGUAUUGGGUUGAGUGUUGACGAGGCAGUAAAGUUUUGGUCGUAUCAAUUUACCAAGUCCGGAGUCAUGUCUCAGGAGAAAUUUAAUAAAGAAUACAAGUAUAACAUUAGGCAUCAGUACGGGUUAGAAGGGGCCAGAAUUAACUACAAACCAUGGGAUUGUGCUAUUAUUUACUCCAAACCUAAUCCCGGUAGGGGUGAAGCGCAUGGAUGUCCAUAUCGUGAUUUUUCCUUGGAUUCCCUCGUCAACAAUCUACAAGAAAUGGGUAUCACUGACCAACAAGAAUUAAACAAUGUGAUUGACGAUGUCAAUAAACGUGAUUACACUAUUGCAUGUACUAGAGUAUUUGAAUUGACUCAUAAGAAACAACUAGCUACUGCUGGUGCCAAGAUGGAAGGGUUACACAUUAACCACCCCAAUUUAUAUUUUGAUAGAUCAAGACAAUUGGCCAAAUCUGAAUAG